AUGGCACCAGCACCAAACCCCAUAGGGGAACCAAAUCCUGACCCUUCGCCAUCUCCAAUCGCAGGCAGAAUUAGAGGCCGACAAAGACCAGAGCAAGAAGAAGCUUCCGGGCUCUUUCCAUUGCGCCAAGGGAGGGAACCCGGAAACCUCCAAUAUUGGCCCUUUUCUGCAUCUGAUCUAUAUAACUGGAAGUCUCAUAACCCUUCCUUUUCACAGGACCCCGUGGCCCUAACCGCCUUAAUUGAAUCUAUCUUAGUUACCCAUCAGCCUACCUGGGAUGAUUGUCAGCAGCUCUUGCAGGCUCUCCUCACCACAGAGGAGAGACAAAAGGUUUUUCUAGAGGCCAGAAAGAAUGUCCCAGGGGACGACGGAAGGGUCACACAACUUCCUAAUGAGAUAGAUGCUGCCUUCCCUCUGACUCGCCCUGACUGGGACUUCAAUAUGGCUGCAGGUAGGACUCACCUACGUCUUUACCGCCAGUUACUCAUAGCAGGCCUCCAUAAUGCGGGACGUCGCCCCACUAAUUUGGCCCAGGUAAGACAAGUGACUCAAGGUAAGGAGGAGUCUCCAACCGCCUUCUUAGAAAGGCUUAAAGAAGCCUAUCGUAGGUAUACGCCUUUUGACCCAGAUAGUGAUGAACAGAGAGGGAAUGUCUCCAUGACAUUCAUCUGGCAGUCGGCUCCAGAUAUUAGAAACAAGUUACAGCGUUUAGAGAACCUCCAAGAUUUCUCCUUGCAGGAUUUAUUAAAGGAGGCAGAAAAGAUUUUUAAUAAGAGAGAAACCCAGGAAGAAAGAGAGGAACGACUUAGGAAGUUGCAGGAGGAAAAAAGGUUUAAGAACAGCCCAACGCUGUUCGAUGAGGCUCUUCACCAGGACUUAGCCGACUUCCGGGUAAGGCACCCCUCUCUGAUCCUGCUUCAAUACGUUGAUGACAUCCUGCUAGCAGCCACCAAUGAAGAGGACUGCCGUACAGACAGGAUCCAGUACGGGCCUAUAGUGACUCUUAACCCUGCAACCUUGCUGCCCACCCCCGGAGAGACGCCGCCAUUACAUGACUGUCACCAGAUCCUUGCUGAGGUGCAAGGAACACGACCCGACCUGACUGAUCAGCCCAUCAAGGAUGCAGAUCUAACCUGGUACACGGAUGGCAGCAGCUAUCUGCAAGACGGGAAGCGACGGGCAGGGGCUGCCAUCACAACUGACUCUCAGCUUGCCCACCUGCAAGCUCUGCAGCUGGUGCAACAGGAAAUCUGGAAACCCCUAGCAGCUGCCUACAAGGAGAAACUUGACGUCCCACUACGGCCACAUCCCUAUAAAAUAGGGGACACCGUUUGGGUUCGCAGACAUCAGGCCACAAACCUUGAACCCCGUUGGAAAGGACCCCACAUAGUGCUCCUGACGACACCCACAGCACUGAAAGUCGACGGGAUUGCAGCCUGGAUCCACGCCUCCCACGUGAAAGCAGCGCACCCAGAAGAACACACCGAACCCCUUCAAGAUUCGGAAUGGACCAUCCAACGCUCCCCAAAUCCUCUAAAGAUAAGACUCAUGCGCCGUUAA